AUGUGGGUCCCGGCUGCAAGUUUCCGCUCUGGUGGACGUUCGGGUGCGGCUGCAGCGCUCUGGGCGCCAACGAAGGGCGCUUUCUCGGGGACAAGCGAGCGUGCACAAUGUGCGCGUUUCUGCAAGUGGUGUACUGUUGAGGAAACGUUGCCUCGUUCGGUCCGGCGACAGUUUGGGGUGUUUUCCGUCAGCAACUCGGUGCAGGAGCUCACAGCGGAGACCUGGCGUCGGGUACGCUUCGAUGCCGCUGGUCUCGUACCAGCGAUAGUUCAGGACGCAGAAACGAAUCAAGUGCUCAUGUUGGCGUAUAUGAAUCGAGACGCCCUCUCGGAGACGUUACAGAGCGGUAGAGCUGUGUACUACUCUCGUUCCCGAAAAGCAUUGUGGCGAAAAGGAGAUACCUCAGGGCAAGUCCAGUGGGUCCGAGAGCUUUACUUUGACUGCGAUAUGGAUGCGCUUUUGCUGCGAGUCAAGCAGGUCGGUGUAGCGUGUCACACAGGUCGUUACUCUUGUUUCUGGCAACGCGUUGCGGCAGACGGUCAGACCGAGGAGGCGCUGCCGGUGCUCGUGGAACCCCAGACCCUCUACGGUCGGCAAGCAGCCCCGGGCUCUCCAGCAGCGUAG